UAUAUUGUUUAAUUUAUUGUAAAUGAUGAUGAAGAUGAACAAAAUGUUAUGGUAGUAAUGUUAUGCAUGGAGUAAAAAGCAGAUGAUUAUUAAUUAGCUGAUCAGCCUGAUGAGCUGAAGCAUGGUUAUACGUACUAUGUCUUCAAACACAAGCCUAGGGAAAUGAGGUGCAAUUUUGGGUGGAGAUUUUCAAUUACUAUAGGCAUGUGUAUGUACCUUGGCUUGCAGCUUAUCAGUUGAAAUAUGUACAGUACUUGUAUAAAAUUCUUUGGUCUUAUUUUCAAUUCCAUUCCAAUGUAAUUUUGUUUCAUUGAAUUUACACCUGCUACGUAACUAAGAUUAGUUUAUUUUAUUUUCAAAUUAUCUUUGCUCUUGAUGUAUUAUGAUCAGAUGAUUUCUGCCUUGGGCUUUGUUUCAGGUGAUUUCAAAAAUUAGAAUACCAUGGUUAAGCAGUCAGAAAGCUGUGAGUUGACAUCAGCAUCACCAUUUCAUGCCUUUAGCCCCACAUCAACCUUCUCUAACAGCUCGCAAAUCUCAAACUAUUCAAGUAUUUGCCAGGCUGCAGCUGUGUCUGUCAACAGCAGCAGUGCCACAUUGAUUAGCAACAGUAAUGACACUUCAGUCACCUGCAGCAGUGGUGCUGAUACUCAGCUGAGUGAGAUUCAACAUGGCGAUGGACGAGAAUUCAUCUGUGGUUGGGGUGCAGCAGUUAUCAACAUUGCCUGUACUUUUCCAAUGAAUAAAAUUAUGUUCCGACAGAUGUUACAUGGCUUAAAUACUCGCCAUGCAGUUGACCAGCUCAAAGCUGAAGGCCUCAAAACUCUCUACAGAGGCAUUCUUCCUCCACUCUGCCAGAAAUCACUCUCCACAUCUAUUAUGUUUGGAAUGUUUGAUCAGUACUCUCGAUCAUUAAGAUCAAUUUCCCCUUCCAUGCCCUCACAUGCUGUGAUGGGGGCUGCUGCCACGUUGGCUGGAGUCACUGAAGCUCUACUUUGCCCAUUUGAGCGAAUCCAAACUCUCAUGCAAGACAGAAAUUUUCAUAAUAAGUUUAGAAAUACUUGGCACUGCUUCGGGGCUCUGCGAAUGCAUGGGUGGCAGGAAUACUACCGAGGCAUCACACUCGUGCUGUUGCGAAAUGGUGCUAGCAAUAUAAUGUUCUUUGGCCUUAGAGGACCAAUUAAGGAAAGUUUCCAACAGUGGACCAACGACAAGUGGUGGGGUGAAGUUACCAGCAACUUCAUGUCAGGUGCCGUGCUGGGAGCUUUUAUAAGCACUGUUAUGUAUCCUGUGAAUGUACUUAAGACUCAGCAACAAGUGCGUGUUGGUGGCGAGUUUAUGAGCAUAAGAAGAACUGCUUCAGACAUCUACAAAGAACGCCGCUUGAGGAUAUUCCACGGCAUUCAUGUCAACUACUCGCGAGCAUUGGUGUCUUGGGGCAUCAUCAAUGCUUCUUAUGAAAUGCUUCUCAAAGUCCUGUAUUCAUCUUA